UGAAAAAAAGCUUGAUCCCCGCAUUGUUUAUUUUGAAUUUUUUUUUUUUAAUAAUAAUAUUAAUCAACAAGUGGGAGAAAUAUAUUUUUCAUUUUAUUAAAAAAUAGGUCAAGUGAUAUCAAAUCACUGUGUCUUAAAAAUAAAAUCAUUAAAUUAUCGAGAGACAAAAACAUGCAGGAAUAUUUAUCAAAUAAUCAAAAUGUUAAUAUAUUCCAAGUUUUAAUAUGUUUAUUUAUUCGCGACUUGUGUUAUCAUGUGAUUGAUAAGACAAUUUAUAUACACAAAACGAUUCGGUAGAAUUACCAUAUGUUUAAUCCACUUGAAAAUACAUUUUUGCAAAUUGAAAAAUACUUUUAUUAUUAAAAAAAAAUGAUGGCUGGUUUGUAUCGUAAUGCAUUAAAUGUUUCAAGAUUUUUAAAAGGUAAAUUUGUAAUAAAUAAUUCAAGAUGUUUAUCAAAAUAUUAUCCAAUUGAUGAAAAUAUUUAUGGAUUAACAGAUCAACAAAAAGAGUUGAGAUCAGUUGUUUUUAAUUUUGCACAAAAAGAGCUGGCACCAAGAGCUCAAGAGAUUGAUAAAAAUAAUAAUUUUCCAGAUUUACGAGUAUUUUGGAAAAAACUUGGUGACUUGGGUCUUCUUGGUAUAACAGCAAAAGGUGCAUAUGGUGGUAGUGAUGGUACAUAUUUAGAUCAUGUUAUUGUUAUGGAAGAAUUAAGUCGUGCUUGUGCAUCAAUUGCUUUGAGUUAUGGUGCACACUCGAAUUUAUGUAUCAAUCAGAUCAACAGAAAUGGAACAGAACAACAAAAACUCAAGUAUUUACCAAAGCUGUGUAGUGGUGAACAUAUUGGUGCACUGGCAAUGUCUGAGUCUGGUUCUGGAUCAGAUGUGGUAUCAAUGAAAUUAAAAGCACAAAAAAUAAAUGACUAUUAUAUAUUAAAUGGUAAUAAAUUUUGGAUAACAAAUGCACCAGAUGCUGAUACUCUAAUCGUUUAUGCAAAAACAAAUUUUAAUGUUGAAAAAUCACAACAUGGUAUAACAGCAUUUAUUGUUGAAAAACAAAUGGAAGGUUUUAGUGUUGGAAAAAAAUUAGAUAAACUUGGAAUGAGAGGUUCAAAUACAGCUGAAUUAAUUUUUCAAGAUUGUAAAAUUCCAGAAAAAAAUGUACUUGGUCAAGUGGACAAAGGAAUAUAUGUUUUAUUCAGUGGAUUAGAUUUGGAAAGACUUGUUUUAGCAGCUGGACCACUUGGAAUUUUACAAGCAUGCUGUGAUGUUUCAUUUGAAUAUGCUCAUACGAGAAAACAAUUUAAUAAAAAAAUAGCAGAGUUUCAAUUUAUCCAGGGUAAAAUUGCAGAUAUGUACACAAGCCUCAGUGCAAGUAGAAGUUAUUUGUAUUCAGUUGCAAGAUCAUGUGACACUGGACACAUUAAUCGAAAAGACUGUGCUGCUGUUAUAUUAUUUUUAGCUGAAAAUGCAACGAAAGCAGCUCUCGAAUCAAUACAAAUUCUAGGUGGAAAUGGAUUUAUCAAUGAUUAUCCAACUGGUCGUUUAUUGAGAGAUGCUAAACUAUAUGAAAUUGGAGCUGGAACAAGUGAAAUACGUCGUCUUGUUAUUUCACGUUCAAUUACUGAUGAAUACUCAUGAAAAAAGCAAUUAUUUUAAUUUAAAAAUAAACUCAAAUCAAUGAUGACAUUAAGAUAUAUAUUUUCAAUCAACAAAUGACAUUGAUAAAUAAUGAUUAAUAAAUUAUAAUAAGUCAUUCAUUACUUAACAAUAAAAAUAGUUUUAUAAAUAAAAAAAAAAAAAGAAGUUUAAUUGUGUUAACUUUGAGAGAUAAAUGAGUCACUAGAACACAUUUUGUUUGAAAAUUCAAUUGAAAAAUCAACCUUUAGCGCUAUAGGUUGCUAAUUUAAGGUGUUGACAUCCUCAUUUUAUUUUAUUUUUUAAUGUCUGUCUUAUUCUAAAUGAGUCUUUUUCAUUUCAAUCAACAUUGGUAUUUAUUGGUCUUUCUCACUCUGAUCAUUGUCACCAAUUGGAUUGAUUUAAAUACCCAUUAAUCGGAUAACCGCCAAAGUAAUUGGAUCGGUUUUUUGUCGAAAAUAAUUUUUAAACAAUUUAUUUGUUUUUACAUCAUUGUUCAAUCGAAACAGUGCCUGGUGUCAGUGCUUUUUUUUUUUUUUUUU